AUGGAGACAGAAUGGACAUACUGUGUCAUCUAUUCCAUCGUCCAGAUGCAUCUUGUCAGGGGUACAGCCUCCAGCUGUCCUUUCUUGUCAAACUGGCCACGAGAAGACAUCUGUGUUUUCUUGGGCUCUAGUAUCAACCUGAUACCAGAAAGGCAAAUACAGAAGAAAGGCAUCUUGGUGCAGACACAGUGGUCCAAGGUCCCUGAUAAGGCAGACCUGAUUGUCCCUUAUUAUCCCCAACAUGUUUUCUACUGUGCCAAAGGGAGUCCCUGUGACCCACUGAUGGCUUUCACAGAAACUCCUGGGCAUUUGUCAAAGUGGACUCUUCAAUUAAGGAACAUGUGCUCUUCACUGCCCGGGAAGUAGGAGUGCAGCUUUACUCUGCAGCCAGAGAACAUUUGGACAAAAGCCCACACCCUGCAUGGUCACACAGGCAGUGUUGGGAGGGAAGCACGUGCUGGUAGACAGCUCUCAUUCAUUCAACCAACACUUACACAGGAUGAAUGGAGAAGCAACCACACAAUAGAAACAGAGAUAAACAAGAUUCUGGAAAGUUCAUAUUCAAAUACCUCCUCAGAAAUUUCAUCUGAGCUCACCUUUGCAUGGUUGCAGGAGGAUAAUGGAACUGAGGAAACACUUAUGAGCCAAGUUCACUCCAUCAACAAUUCCAUAUUAUUCAAGGACAGAGUCCAGCUGUGUACAAACGAUGCCCUCUCCCUCUCUCCAGUCCAGAUCCACAGUGAUGACCCCAAGUUCUCUUGCCACGUCAGGGUCAGCUCAGACAAAACCUCAAAUGGCUCCACCAUGGUCAAGGUUUCUGCUAAGUCAGAAAGCUCCAUGAUUGUGGAAAAUAACUCCAUGAAUGUCUUAGGAAAGAGAACAUCUACCUGUUCUAUGAGGAAUGUAUUUCCCACAGAAAAUCUCACAUGGUUUAUAGAUACAAGCUUUCCUCAAGGUGAAGAGAAGGUCAUUAUAGAAAUUUACAUUAGUAAUGAUGAGAGAAAAGGCAAAUGUGGAUUGGAAUGCAAGUCUGUUUUGACAAAGGUAUAUGAUAACAAACUAGCCCACAUAGACAACCUGACCAUCUGGUGCACAGCUCUGUAUCCAGCCCCCAGAAAUCAAGUGUGGACUAUCUCACUGAAAAAGAUCACUUUUUCCUUGGUCUCAGCAAACCUUCCAACAGGUCCUCCACUGGAUGUACCCAAAUCUAUGCUUGCCACCCAACCUUCCCCAGCCACCAUCGUACCUCCCACAAGUUAUGAAGCUACAUCUUCAACAACCCUGGUAGUUCCGCGUACAUUGACUCCAAACUCCACCCCUCAAACCAGAAAUUCCAGUGUGACUACCCGAGGCCUCGGCUACUGGACCCCCAGCAGGAGAGAUACCAAAGCAGUUAAGAAUACAUCUAUGAGCAACACAGAUCGAAGUUCCAAAUUCUGGUGGAAGAGAGCAAAUGGUGAUAAGAGACAUGGAAUGAAUAAAGCAGUGAAAGAUCACAGUGAGAACCGAGGGGGCAGAUGGGUUGCCAUGCUAAAUAGGGUGGUCUUAGAAGGCUUUACCAGGGAAGCAGCUUCAUUGGUGCCCAGUGAAACAUAUAGUCCAUCCCCCUCAGGUACAGGUGAUGUCUUCACCAGUACAGGCAGAAUACUUUCAGAAAUGCAAGGAUCCACUAAAAAUAACCACAUCCAUAUCACAGGUAUUAUAGUUAACAAGCCCAAAGAUAGAAUAUCCUGGCCAGUGAUUAUAGCAGCUUUGCUCUUUUUCUGCAUAGUAUUGCUUGGCCUUGGAGUGAGAAAAUGGUGUCAAUACCAAAAAGAAAUUAUGGAAAGACCCCCACCUUUCAAGCCUCCUCCACCUCCCAUCAAGUACCCUUGCAUUCAAGAAUCCAUUGGAAGUGAUCUGCCUUGUCACGAGAUGGACUCCCUCUAG